AUGAAGAUAAUUAUAUAUUUUUGCAUUUGGACAGUAGCAUGGGCCAUUCCAGUUCCUCAAAUCAAGCCAUUGGAGAGACAUGCUGUUGACAAAUCUGUGAAUUUAAAUCUUCUAGCAAAAUUGAAAGUGCCAAUACAGGAUGAGUUAAAUGCCAAUGAUACCACCAAAGAAAGUGGUGUCCUCCUGCAUGAAAAUGAAAGAGGAAGGCAACAGUACACCAAAGACGGUUACAAAGGAGAGAGAAAUGGUUCUGAGGGGGCAGAAGUGGGAGAGAAAAGUUCUUCUACAAGUUCCAUGUUAGCAAAUGAAGAGGGGAAUACUGAGGAUCUGAAUGGGGGCACAGGAAAACCAGAAACAUAUGGUCAUGAUGGGCUCCAUCAAGAAGACAGCACCACAGCAAAUGGCAUCAGGGGACAAGUAAGCAUCAUCGACAGUGCUGGAACAGCAAAUGGGAGCAAUAUUAGUGGGAUUACUGAGAACAAUUCCCAAAAUGGGGGUGCUGGAAAUGCAAGUCAGAGUGAAGAUGCCACUGUUGUCCAAGAAGAUGGACAUCAAGUAGCUGGAAGCAAUAAUGGUACAGGUCACGAGGAUGAAAUAAGUGGGAAUUUCUGUAGAAAUGGGGGUGAUACAAGUGAAGAAACACCUCAGAGAGAAGGCGAGAGCAACGGGAAUAAGGAGACAGGGGUAACACCAGGGGAAAGUGGAGAUAGCAAUAGAGAAGAUGUUGCCUUGGACAAUUCUGAUGGAAGACUUAGUGGGAAUGGAGCAGAUGAAAAUGAAGACAAGGGCUCUGGUGAUGAUGAAGGUGAAGAGACAGGGAAUGGAGAAAAAGGUCCUGAUAACAGCAAGGGCCAAGAGGGUCAACCUCAUGAAACAGAAGGUGACGAUGACAAUAGCUUAGGUCAAAGUUCAAUUAGUGGUGAAGCUGAUGACCCUGCGGACAAAGAAGACACCCACGCCAUUGACGGACACAACACCUCCAAGAGUGAGGAUGAUUUUGACGGUAUUUCAGGAGACAACGGUAGCCAAAAAAUAGAGGACACUCAAAAACACAAUCACAGAGAAAGCAAAGCUGUGGAAAAUGGAAUCACUGAAAAAUUAGAGCCACCUGCUAUUGGGAAGAACCAAGUUAAGGUUAGUUUGUGA